GGCGCGAGGGCUCCGGAAAAUCAAUCUGGGAAGGGAGCGGAUAAAGUUCUGUCCGGGAAGCGACACACGUCCGUUUCCACCAAGGGUCGACGCGUGUUCUGACACAGCUGCGGACGCCAGUCGUAAAGCAACGCAUACGGGCAGGCUACGAGCAUAAGGCCUCUCCAUGCAUCGGAUCCUUCUUUUGCUAGCUCUGCUGGCUGCUUCGAGCGCCAGGGAAGUGGGCAGGCUUGCCCAAGCCAACAACCACAUGGGCGUCAACGUGUUCAUGGCGCUUCCAAGCUCUCCUAGGCAGAACGUCUUCUUCUCGCCUUACAGCGUCUCUGUGGCUAUGGGGAUGGUGUACGCUGGCGCAGAUGGUGAGACCUUGAAUCAGCUGCACCAUAGCCUCGGCUUCGAUGCAGCGGGACUGUCUAGACAGGAAGUCCUCAACGGCUACGGCAAGCAGACCCAGGCCAACAAGCAACUGCCACCAGAGUAUGUCCUCAAAGUCGCCAACGCCGCCAUUGUUCAAAAGAACUACACAGUUCUUCCAGAGUACCGAUCCACCCUUACGAGCGGUUUCGACGCCGAGGUAGUUCAGGCUGAUUUUUUCCUCGAAGGUGAACAAACAAAAGAUAACAUCAAUCGCUGGAUCGCUAACAAGACGGAGGGCAAGAUCCCGACCUUGUUCGAGGAACCGCUUGACGUCGACACGAGACUUGUGCUGCUGAACGCGGUCUACUUCAAAGGAACGUGGAAGACGCGCUUCAACAAGACCAAGACCAAGUCCAGACCUUUUUACAACGGAGGGGUUAAUAAGGUCAUGGUGGAUACCAUGAGGUUAAAGGCUAAACUUAACUACGUGUACGACGCCACGCUGAGCGCUCAUGUUGUUGAACUUCCUUACAUCGGUGACGACUACAGUCUCGUUAUCUUUCUGCCUCUUGACCGCAAAGGAGUCGAGCGGAUGAAGUCUUUCUUGACAACGGACGCUUACUAUAGCGCUAUAUCGCAGAUGACGGAACUGGAAGUGAAGUUGAAGCUGCCCAAGCUAAAGUUGGACCUCAAGUACAGCCUCAAGUCGCCGUUGCGAGUCGCUGGAAUCAAGAAAGUGUUCGGUUCUGAGGCUGACUUGUCGCGUAUCGACGGUUCACGUAACCUGUUCGUGUCUGACGUCCUGCACAGAGCUAUAUUUGAGCUGAACGAAGAAGGGUCCGUCGCGGCUGCCGUGUCCGGCGUUGAGGUCCAGAUGAGGAUGGCUGUGGUUCAUCAGCAACCUCCGAAAGUGUACGUCGACCAUCCGUUCUUGUUUCUUAUUAGGAACACGAAGACCAAUGGGAUUGCUUUCUUGGGACAAAUCAACACACAAAGCGCCGCCACUAUUAUUCUCGAGAGAAAGAUCGGCUUCACCCCGAAACAAACGGUCUUUGACGCGCGCGCGCCUUGUUUUCCGAGCAGCUGUUGUAGGUCGCAAUCCUCUUCGCGGAACGCGCGGAGCUGCACGUUAUAUUUCACGCAUCGAGAAAGACUUAUUGCAACUCCACGGCGGAACCACUCUCGCCUCUCUCAAGCUUUUUCUCAAAGAGUGGGCGGAGUCUCCCGCGUCUUAUCCGAUGUCGCUAUGACGCGCGGAUUUCAUAAAGGAUCUGUCACUUUCUUGGUGAUAAUCGCUGCGUGGAUAAAGGCCACCAGCUGCGACAACAAAAAUUUAGAAGCCAUAUCGGAACAAGCAUCGACGGUCUUCGGCCUGAAGCUACUGCGAAGCCUUCCUCGAAACAGCACUGCGAACCACGUGAUAUCACCUCUGGGCCUAGCUUUCGUUCUUUCGCUCGCUCAAGCUGGAGCGAAGGGCGAUACGUCGCGUCAGAUCGAGGACCUUCUGGGCUACACCAGCAAGAGUCUCCCGCUAGAGUCUUACGAGCAGCUCGCGAAAAGCAUUCGGGCAACGGACACGAGUGGCGGUUUCGAAUUCGCUGACGUAGCCCUCCUGAAACCAAAAGUCACAAUUCGCGAUAGUUACAAGGAAUUGGUCUCUAAACAUGGCGGCGCGAUUGUGGUUUCUGGAAAUAAAGAAGGAAUCGAAGCUGCGAACGCACGGUUGAAGACACUGACAAAGGGAAAGUUCCAGAAGGUUCCAGAACAGGCUUCGGCUGAUGGAACACUGAUGUUCCUAGCCAACUUUGUCUACUUUAAAGGAAGCUGGGAAGAAAAAUUUCAUCGAAAACACACGCAGAAGGGCAAGUUUCAUAACUCUGACGGCUCUGAGUCACGGGCGGAUUUCAUGUUCACCAGAGGGAAGUUCUUGCACGUCUUCGACGAGGUCAUGAAGGCUGCUAUUGUUUGUUUGCCGUACAAUGGCAACACUAGUUUCAUCUUGGUGGUUCCAACCGAGAGAGAUGGCCUAGCCAAUGUAAUCGAGAAAUUGGACGCCAGUAGAGUUCGUGAGUUACGGGCAAAAUUAGUGCUUAAGAAAGUUGAACUGAAGAUGCCCAAACUGAAGUUGAGCGGGAGGUCCAGCUUGAAGAGCGUCCUCCAGAAGUUAGGGGUGAAGUCGCUGUUUGACUCCACUGCUGACUUGAGUGGCAUAAGCGAGGCUCCGCUUAAAGUGAAUGACAUACAGCAAAGUACCAACAUUUUAGUGGACGAAGAAGGGAGCACGGCCGACGCUGAAACAGUUGCCCAUGUCGGUCCCUUGUCCAAUGACGUUGAGGCGGAAGUGACGGCAGAUCAUCCGUUCUUGUUCUUCAUUGUUAAACGGAUGAAGAUGACUAUUCUGUUUGAAGGAUUGAUUAAUAAACUGUAGCAUUAAAGAUUUUAUAGUGACA